UGAGUAACGUGGGAACCACGACACGAGAAACAAUGUAUUUCUUAGUAAGUUUUCGAAUGUUUUGCAAAUCGCAAUGCCAACCAAUAAUUUCAAAUGAACUACUUCGUCGGAAAAAUUAUUUGAGAAAAAUGACUUCCUUGAAGGACAAACUUUUAAGUACGGUGAUCGAGCCGAUUUCCAUCGACAGGAACAAGAUCUCCAUAGUCGGUGUCGGACAGGUCGGAAUGGCCUGUGCCUUCAGUAUCUUGACAAACAACGUUUCUAGCGACGUAGUGUUAGUGGACGUGAUGGCAGACAAGUUAAAAGGGGAAAUGAUGGAUUUGCAGCAUGGUAGCACCUUCCUGAGGAACGCAAAAAUUAACGCGAGCUCGAAUUACGCUGCCACAGCGAAUUCGAGUCUCUGCAUAGUGACGGCAGGUGCUCGUCAAAGGGAAGGCGAGACGAGGUUGGACCUCGUUCAACGGAACACAGAUAUUUUCAAAGGCAUCAUUCCGGAGCUAGUCAAAUAUAGCCCGAACACGAUCCUCAUGAUCGUCUCGAACCCGGUAGACAUUCUGACCUACGUAGCGUGGAAAAUUUCUGGUUUACCUAAGAACCGUGUGAUCGGAAGUGGCACCAAUUUGGACUCUGCCCGAUUUCGGUUUCUGUUGUCACAGAAACUCAACGUUGCACCCACAUCUUGUCACGGAUGGAUUAUCGGAGAACACGGCGAUACGAGCGUACCGAUAUGGUCAGGAGUAAACGUCGCUGGCGUCAGAUUGCGCGACUUGGACGAGCACGUCGGUACCGAUAAGGACAAAGAACAAUGGGGUAGUUUGCACAAACAAGUGGUCGAUAGCGCGUACGAGGUGAUCAGACUGAAAGGAUACACGUCCUGGGCUAUCGGUUUGAGCGUUUCGCAUCUUGCCUCAGCGAUACUACGAAAUUCGAAUCAAGUUCACGCGGUGUCUACUUUGGUUACCGGCUAUCACGGAAUCAACGAGGAAGUGUUUCUAUCUCUACCUUGCACUUUAGGCGAUGGAGGCGUGACGUGUAUUGUCCAACAGAAGCUAACGGAAGAUGAACUCGCACUUCUGACUAAAUCGGCCAAGACGAUGCACGAAGUUCAGAAAGACUUGAAAUUUUAGACAUUUCAUUCUCAUUUUGCAUGCUAGAUUAAUAUUUUUCGACACGAUACGUUAAAGUUUUCGUUCGUUUCGCGUAGUUCAAUUUUCGAUGGUGCGGACAAGAAAUAUUUGCUUUUAAGGAGUACAUUUCUCAUUUCUACUUACUUUUUGUUACUUAUUUUUUACAUUGCAAAUACUUAAAAUUUAUUUAAAAGGUAUUUAAACCGUCAAACGUGUCACGAGCGCUGCGUAGCGUUCGAUCUGCACUUUGGCGACGUGUCUGUGUGUGUGUUACUAUGAAGUAUUAACUAUGUAUAUUGUUGUUAAAGCUUUACAUUUGUGAGAAUAUGUACUGCUUCCCAGUGAUUUUUACGUGACAGUAUUUUAAUAACAUAAAUGCAAAUAACUGUUAUUUAAUUAUGAAACAAGAUACUUAACUCUUAAAUCGAAGUACAAAAGACAAUGUACCUGGGCAUUUGUAAGUCAGUCAGAUGUUAGUACAUACUUCGUUAAGUUAUUCCCCAAUUUGAUACUGUACUAUACUAUGUAUGUGAAAGAAUUCUACGAAUUUAAAAAAUGUUUUCGUACUAUAUCUCCCAGUGUUUAGAGUGACUGAUUUAUGUUGUUCUUGUACAAUCUUGAUACAUAAACCACAACGUCCUAAGGUUUCCUGUU